GUAUUGUGUGCUUUCCCGAAAACUUUUUAAACUUGUUGCCUUGCGCAAGGGUAUUCCCCAUUCGCUUGCGUGCUGCUUGGUUUUAUUCGUUUUUUGUUUUUUUUUUUUUUAUAUUCCCCACAGUGAUACCGGUUUCCGGAGCAAAACCAACACCAUCUCACACAAAUCUGUCCAAUCUGGACGGAGAGCGCUUUGCGUGUUUGUGUUGAAAAUGCAACUGCAGAAGUGCGGGUCGCAUCUGGGGAGAGCAAAAUCGCUAAAAUGUGCUCUGCACUUCCACGCCGCUUUUUAAUACAUCGCAUCACUUAUGUGGCAGUGUUGUGUUCCGACGAUUUUGAGUGUGAGUGAAGUUUUCUCCUCAUUGUACUGUUUUUUCUAUGUUUCGUUCGGUUCAGCAGAAGUGUUUAAUCAGUUUAUAGCAAGGGAAACAACAAAAACAUUUGAGUAUUGGAGACUAAUCUACAAAAUAAAUCAAAAUGCUUACUGGAUACCGGCUGUUGGCGGACUCGUUCCACGCGUUUGCAGUUCUCUAUUUGCUGUUCAACAUUUGGCGCACCAAAUCCUGCUUUGGCGUAUCGGGGAAAACACAAAUCCUGUACAUUACGGUAUUUGCGACGCGCUAUGCCGACCUGGUCACCUUUCCAGCCACCUACAGUGUCUAUAAUGUGAUGAUGAAGACGCUUUUCAUCAGCGUAACGCUAAUAACCGUGCUGGUCAUGCACAGCGUCUAUCGCAAAACGUAUGACCGCGAAAAUGAUACCUUCUACAAUGAGUUUCUCAUAUUGCCAUGCUUUGUGAUCGCUCUGUUUGUCAACUAUCGUAUGGAAGCGUUCGAAAUAUUGUGGUCCUUUUCGAUCAUGCUCGAAGCAGUCGCUAUACUGCCGCAAAUGGAUUUAAUCUGCAAAACGUUUCACGUGGAGCCAUGGUUCAAGUGUUAUCUGUUGCUGCUCGGCUCGUACCGCGCGCUCUACGUAUUGCAUUGGGUCGAUCGGUACGGCCAGUACGGCCUCUACGACCCAUUAGCAUUUAUAUCGGGUGGUAUUCAAACAGUACUGUUUGUACUGCUUGCGGUGCGAAUUGCAACCCUUAAACAUCGAGAACGCAUUGUUACGGUCAGUACGAUUUGUUAGUUUGGAUAGGCUUAUAACUAGCCCCUUACACAGCCAACGUUACGAUGUUCUCAGUUUCACUGUUUGCGUUCUCUGUAACUUGAUGAAACUACGCUUUGAAAUAACAAUAAAGUCUAGAAUUGCAAACAAA